GUUUAUUAAUGCUAAUGAAUGUAAAAUGUAAAUUGGGCAGUUCCGGCCGCGGUGUGUGGGCCUCCGCAUGCUUUUCGUCUGUAUGCGGCAAUCAGAUUUCUGGGGAAUCGAAUCAGGUGAGCCUUUAAGAACAGACGCCCCGCCCCCAGGUGACGUCUGCGCAAAUAGGAAGAGGACACCGUGAAGGCGGAGGGGCUGCUGUUGUUUGGGGCUGUUUAGUCAGUGACAUGUCAAUGCUGAUCGCGGUUGAAUGGCAGCACCGGACAGUCGGCGGUCUCACCGGGAUUUCGAGAGAAGCAGAUCUAUUCCAAACGGCGAGGAAGUGCGCAAUGCGAGGGAUAGCGGAGUACAGACGGAUGCCAAAGUACAAGGUCAUGGACCUCGACUGUCCAAAGCCAACCUCUUCACAUUGUUGAGUCUAUGGAUGGAACUUUUCCCAAAGAAAGAACCACAGCAACAAGAGAAUGACACAGCUGGAGACAGUGGUCUUGUGGUGGUCCAUGAGCGCAGGGUUCUGGGUCUGCAUUGCUCCAGUGUGCAGUUACAUGCAGGACAGGUGGCUGUGGUCAAACACGGACCUAGACUGAAGGGAUGCGAUCUCUACUUCUCCAGAAAACCCUGCUCCACCUGCCUCAAGAUGCUCAUCAAUGCUGGUGUGAGUAGGAUAUCAUACUGGCCCGGUGAUGCUGAGAUCAGUUUGUUGUCAGGUAGACACAAUCAUACAGACUCCAGUCACCAGGAAGCCAUCUUCGAUGCCACAGCUGGAGAGAGACUGAAGUCCAACAGCAGACCGCACAUCUGUGUGCUCCUGCAGCCUCUGGACUGCACCAUGCCGCAGUUCGUGGAUGAAACUUCUCAAAACUGUGACUUUCUUGGGAAGAUUGCUGCGGACAAUCCAUCUCUCGAUGUUAAGGAUAUCUUUAGAAGGGAAUGGUGGAACAACUUGGAUAAAUUAUUGGAGAAGUUCUUUAUAAAUGAUGAGGAACAGCAUAAGUAUGUGCUGAACAAAAUGGGACUGGAGAGCUUCUGUGCGGAACCAAAUUUUAGCAACUUAAGGCAGCAUAUGAGGACUCUAGUUAGAAUUCUGGCAUCCGCCGCCGCAAGCGUUCCGGUUCUAGAAGAAAAUUAUGGGUUCUUCAUGAAAGAGCCUUUAGGGACGGGUUCUCCAGCUUUACCUCAGGAUGUGGUGCGACACUGUAUCAUACAGGCCCGAUUACUGGCGUGUAGAACAGAGGAUCCUAAAGUGGGAGUUGGUGCGGUUAUUUGGGCUGAGGGAAAACAGUCUCAAUGUGAUGGCACAGGUCGGCUUUACCUAGUGGGCUGUGGGUACAACGCCUAUCCAGUGGGCUCACAGUACGCAGAGUAUCCUCAGAUGGAUCACAAGCAAGAGGAGAGACAGAACAGGAAGUACAGAUACAUCCUCCAUGCGGAGCAGAACGCGCUCACAUUCAGAAGCACAGAGAUAAAAGAAGAGGACAACACAAUGAUGUUUGUGACCAAAUGCCCCUGUGAUGAGUGUGUUCCUCUGAUCGGCUCCGCUGGAAUAAAGCAGAUCUACACUACAGACCUGGACAGCAACAAAGUCAAACAUGACAUCUCCUACCUCAGGUUCGACAAACUCAACGGCGUCCAGAAAUUCAUUUGGCAGCAGAAAUCAUCUGCUAGACGUUUGUCAGAACAAGUUGUGCCGCCCACAGCAAAUGGCUACCUGAAACGAAAAGAGGAAACUAAUUUUCAGUGCAAUAAGAGACUGAGAUCAUAGAAGACAUUUCGAAAUGGCAGCAACAGAUGUUCAAAUGUUAUUUAACCUGCCAUACUCAUGCAGCAUGAUUCAAAUCAGCAUCAUCUUACCAUUACAAUACAGCAUAAAAGAGGGAAGAGGUUUCAUUAGUUUAACAGGACAGCCUGUUGAAAGUUUAAUUAUAUGCAUUUUAGAAAUGGGAUUUGGGGUUGAAACUGCACACAAGUUAAUAAACAUAUCAA